AUGGCAUUUACAGAGCAUGAAGAAAAAGUUUCAGAGUUUUAUUCCCGUGUUGCGGAUAACAACCAUAACUGGAAUGAUGGAUUUCUCACAUUUGGAUUGUGGAAGACAAAAUCCGGCGAUCCUAUACCACACCCUUUGUGUUACGGAGCAGUGUAUGAUGAGCUCUUAGAAGGCAGCAUGAUACAGGCUGAUCACAACGUGCUAGAUGUUGCUUGUGGGCAGGGAGCUGGCAUGUUAAGAAUCAAAUCCCAGAACGGCUGCAACAUCCAAGGUCUGGACAUCAGCGCUGCAAACGUGGAAAUAGCGAAGCGAAGACUGUGCGACACUGGUAUUACUGUAACACGCGGCAGUGGAACGAAGAUGCCCUAUGAUGAAAAUUCUUUUGAUUGUGUUAUUUGUGUGGAAGGGGAACCUCACAUGAAUAGCAGAGAAGAUUUCUUUAGAGAAGCAUUUCGAGUUCUAAAGCCAGGGGAAAAUUGUUCAUGGCUGACAUUGUGA